AUAGUCUAAAUUGAUUGGCUGUGAAACCCCUAAGGCCACCAGGCGUUUAAAACACAUGACGUCACCAGACACUUAUUAAGUGGUUAAUGUCAGGCUCCAAUUAAAAAAAUGUCAGGCUCCAAAACAAACACGAGGAAUAGUUCUCAGAAAACAGGAAAAACUUCAGAGGCCUGAAUGUGAUCAAUUUUUCGACUUCCUCCUUUUGGAGUGGCUAUGCUGAAUACCAGAACACAGGAUAUGCUUCGCAGUGCACUCAGUUUCACAGCAGCAGCAGCAGUGGCAGCAGCAACCGUAGUGAGGACGACACGCUCUGCAGUCAAGAUGAGUGCUGGGGAUGUGGUCUGGUCCGGAUGGCUCAUUAAAUCCCCCCCGGAGAAGAAGCUGAAGAGAUUUGCGUGGAGGAAACGCUGGUUUGUGCUUCGAAGAGGUCGCAUGUGCGGCAACCCUGAUGUGCUGGAGUACUAUCAAAGCAAUAGCUCCAAAAAGCCAAUCCGCACCAUCGACCUGAAAGAGUGUGAGGUCGAAACUAACGGGCAGCUCAGGAUAAAGCGAGACUCAGGGAAGCACCUCUUUGUGGUGAAGACCUCAUCUCGUGUUUUUUACCUGGUGGCCAAAACUGAGGAGGACAUGAACAGCUGGAUCAGUAGCAUCAGUCAAAUUUGCCAGUUUGGGAGCCCGGAGGAUGCAGAGAGCUCAGAAGAAGGCUUUCCUCACACCCCAUCCCCCCUUCAUCCGUCACCUGACAGCUCUGAUCGAGUGUCUGUAUCAAGCCAACCAGAAUCCGGUCACCCACUGGACUACCUAUUUCUCUCACAGUGUGAGACGGGCAGUGUGAGCACUAGUAGAUACGACAGCUGUUCAAACUCUGAGAUCUCUCUGGAGCAGAAGUCAUCAGACGACACUGUCAAGGACAUCGUCCCCUCGCCUCUUUUCACCGACUCCUCUUCGUCCUCCAUCUUCCACGCCAGCCACAGUCCGUCUCUUUUCCUCCACUGAAGGUUGACUAACCCUCCUUUCAGCGCUCCGUGCACCUCCGGGGCUUUGCCGUCGUCCUCUUCCUCUCCUGAGUCCUGUGCCACAAGUGUCUUCCAGUUCGAACAACCGUAUUCUUCUGCGUCGUUCAGAGGUACGAGUGACAGACACACGGCUCCUCCGCUGCCACCCAAGUCUAAUUACUUUCAGAGCAGCAAAGUGAUGAAGGAGCUACACAGGCCGCGGGCAACAGGUGCACGGCAUUUCACAAACAAUGCUGCGUUAUGUCUCCGGAGGACCUCUUUGUCAAGCCUGGACCACUUCAGAAUAGGAGAUGCUGAUAGCAGAUCGAUGAGGAACAGGAGGCAGAGUCUAAAUCUGCCGCUUUGUUUAAAUACCACACAAGUUCAGAGCUACCAGGAUGAGUCAUAUGUCCCAUGGGCGUCCCGUCUCCCCUCCGUUGCCACCAUUGAAUGCGACGGCUACAUUCCCCAUGAGCACCACAGGACGUUCAGUUCCUCAAUCCCAAACUGCAAACGAUGAGGCCCCGCGACUUCCGGCAGACUGAUGGGUCAACCCGGGGAUCUCGCGCCGCCUCCAAUUCAUCGGCAUCUCAAGCCUCGCCUGAGGAGAGUUCGACCUCCACCUCUUGACUUGAGAGGCCUCUCUACAAUCACAGAGUGCCCCACUCAUCUUCCUUUGAGCAGAGCAAUGACUGAAUCAUGUUUUUCAGAGAACUAUUCACCUCUUGACAGAAGACUUGAGAACGGAGACAAUCCAAGAGAUGAAGACACAAACUGCACUGCAAUGGAGUCAAGGCAAAGUUUCUUUCUCACCUUUGAUGGAGCCAUUCAACCCUGGGCGAGAAGAUCCAACCUUGACUAUUUGUCACUGGAUUUCAAUUCUGCGUCCCCCUCUCCUGUGCAGAAGCAGAAGCCCUAUCUUGUUGAUGACCACAGAGUGGAUUACGUGCAGGUGGAUGAGAAGAAGACUCAGGCGCUGCAAAGCACAAAAAUGGAGUGGACAGAUGUGCGGCAGUCAAAAACAUAAAUGGAACAUGCAUGCUGAAAAAAAUCAGGAAGACCAACAAUAACACCAGCGAAGAGGACAUAUAUGAAGAGGACCAAAAACAAUCUAAAAGCACUUUGAAAAACAGUAUUGAAAUAAAAGUACAAGAGUAAGUAAGUUAGAUGCUUGUCUGAGGGGUGGAAACACAAAAUUGCACUGUAAACCUUUCUCUAUCAGUAGAUCAAUAUUGUAAAUAAUACCAGACUGUGCACUAUAUCACGAGGAUUUUUACUGUAGCAUAAUGUUUUACCAAAUACUGAAAAGGGCAUAAUCAUUGCUUCACUGUAAAGAAAAAAAUGUGAGACUUGCUGUAUGUAUAGUAAUUGUGAGUGUAAAUAAGACAAAUAUUUUAAUGAUGACAUUUUUUAUAUAUAUUUCUCUCCCUCAUUAUAUAUCAUAAACCAAAAUGAUCCAUCCUGAGCUAUCUCCCUCUUCUGCUCCUUCUGUGACCUUCAUAUUGAAGAUCUUUUCACUUGUUUUGGUACUGUGAUUACUACAAUAGAUUCUGGAAACAAGUCAUAGACAUUGUUUUCCCGUACAUCCCCACAAACCUCCUUGAGGUUUGGAAAUGUUAUCUUUGGUUUUAUUGAUUUUAAGAGAGAGGAGGCCUCUGACUCUUUUUUGUGACUAAUCUUAUUUUGCUUCCAGCUAAACAUCACAUCCAUGAGUCAAAAUUCAACAAAAGCAAACCAUCAUUAUGAGCAAUGUCAAAAAUUAUAUUGAAAUAAUUUCCUCUACAGAUAUCAUUUCAACCCCAUUUCCUUACAUUUUUAAUUUAUUGUGUUUUGGUUAUUUAUUUAAUUAUGUCUUUUUGUCGUGUAUGUGUCCGUCCGUCCCCUCCCCCCCUUGGCAUUUUCAAUUUUCUAUGCUCUGAUAAGUAUAAAUAAAGUUUAUAUAUAUUUUU